AUGGGCGUGGUGGUAGGUCGCAGGCGUGCGUGCGCGGUUGGGUUUAGGGCUGGUGGGCGUGUGGGCAGCGCGCUUCACUCGCCAUCCGCGCCACCACCGCACCACUCAUCACCGCCCCACUCCAAUUCCCGUGAGAGUGCCUUUGCGGCGCACAGUGUGACAGCGGUGGGCGUGGCCCGUGAGCACUCCGUGUGGCCCGUGGUCGUGACAGCGUGGCAUGUGAUGCGCGUGUGCUGUGUGGCACUCGCGCGCAUCACAGCUGUGGCGCGUGCCCGUGGACGACGGCUUGCCCAACCACGUGCUGCUGUGCUGCGCCCUCCCUGCUGCCCACCCACCGCCGCCACCUCCCUCACCCACUCCAACGCCCGCCACUCCCUCAACUCCACCCGCCACACGCGCUCUCACCUCCGCCUCUCCCUCGCCACACACCCGCCGCCCUUGCCUGCAUGCAUGCCUCUGCUUCUCUCGCCCUCUCUGCUCUUUCGCCUGCACGCGCAUGCUCGUGCUGCUGCCCACGUGGAAGCGGGCGAGGGAGUGCAAGCAGGGGUGGUGCAGGGGGUGGCAGCAGGGGCGCGCAGGGAGGGCAAGUUGAGGCAGCUACUGCGUGGCGGCGGGGGAGUAUUCAGCUUCUACACUCUGCACUGCAACUGGCGUUCGCUCUUGAGGUGGGUGGAUUGGGGGGAGUGCGCAUGGGGCAGUGAGCGUGGAGUGAGAGGGGCCAUGGUUGAUGUGGCAUGGUGCAUGCAGGAUGCGGGGCACAUGCCAUUGGGGGAGGAACCACCUGCAUGCACAUCCCACCCGCAUGCUCUCCACAUGCGCGGCCCCCUUGCCGCCCCCUUGCUCCUCUCCCACCACCAUUCCUUGCUUCGCCCUGCUUACCACCCGCCAGCCAAUGCGUGCCCUUGUGAGUGCGUGGAUGAGGCAUGA